AUGCCACCACGACCAGCCAAGGGACGUGCCGCGCAGUCGUUUGUGACGGCUCGUGGUACACCGGAUAGUCUUCAGAGUUUUUUGGGUGGUAUGUCAAUACCCGCCCAGGGUGCGGCAGAAGAUGCGUCUAUGGUAGAAGUGAAUCUGAAGCUCCUGCAUAAAACCAACGAAAUAACUUUGCUCAAAGCUCUUUCAGAAUUGAAUCGUUUAUUGACUCUUGUAAUGGAGGAAGAAAUUAUUUCAUACAUUCCAAACAUCAUUGAAUCUGUCAUACGCCACGCUGAGCAUGCGAAUGCAUCUGUUCGUGCUGGCGUUUUUGGUCUUUUGCUUAAUAUAGCUCAACGGGGGAAGACCCUGCGAAAAGAACUGGUUCGAGGGUUGCCAUCGCUUGCCGUUGUUUGGUUAUUGCGUAUGAAUGAUAUGGAGACCUCCGUGCGGAAGGAAUCCCGUGAGGCAUUCAACGCAGUCGUCACUCCUGAGAUGUUACAUGGGAUUGCCGAUAACAUUGUGGAGGGCCUCAUUGAAACGUUUCAAACUGUGAUUGAACAGAGUAGAGGGAAGCCGCUCCAAGACGAUAAUUUGGACCGACGAUCCAACACACUGUAUUCGUCUGUAUGUACUAUGGGAUACAUGAUGCGGCAACCCGUGCUAGCGCGCGAGAAAAUCAUUUCGUUUGUGGAAGCACAGUCACUACAACCCAUUUUGCCUGUGCGAGAAGGCAAUGUGAAGACCAAUCUUGCGAUGAGGACACCCGUUGUGCGUUCAGCGUCGCUCUUAUUGUUGCGUGAUAUCUUAGAGGCAAAACUCAUGACACCAAAACUUUACCGCUGCGUUUCUAUUGCUCUUCACAACGCCAUAUUUGAUGAUGCGGUUGUGGUAAUUCGGCGAGCCUGGGAGCUUUUGCUUUUGUGGUGUAGCGAGGCAUCUGGAACUGCUAUUGACUACUUUGAAGAUGAUUUUCUGCGGGAUGUUAUUUGGAGCUGCACAGAGUGUCGAGACCCGGAGGCGAUGGAAGUCAUUUACCCCUCUCUCGUUCCGUUGCUGGUGCCCCUCACGCGUGACCCACGCUGCGCGGACGUGGCUGCUGAGUUUGGUGAGGCGCUUGUGCAAAAACUAGAGUCUCUUGGCGACGCAAGUUCGCAGGAGUGGCGAUUGGUGUUAUCUGCUCUUUUGCAGGUGUGGGAGCUUCUGUGCGUUCGCGCUGCGGCGCGAGGCGAAGGGCAUGAGCACGACGGCGUCAAGCUGUUUCACCGCAUCCUCACCACACUGACUGCGUUGAUGCGAACAGCGCCCGAGGGAGCCCGCCGCUUAGAUGCCACCGUGUCGAUUGUUGCGUCAAGUAUGCGACGGGCUGCUCGCCACGAGGGUCUUUUUUGUGAGUGUCUUAAUGUAUUGUGUGGUCACCCUAACGCAUUCCGUCAAGUUCUUCCGAAUGACGCGAACGACGAACUCCAGAGAAGGUUUGAGCUGCUUCAGGCGGGGAUUGUGGGCGUUGUUGCUGCCCUUCCCGGGGCCUCGCAGAUGGCGGAACUGCUAAUCACAAAGUACCUGCACAACAGACUCUGGGAGCCAUUAUCAGUCUUGUUGCAUGCGUGUGCGAACCCAAACGGUAGUGGCACUGACCGCCAGGCACCGUUUAUCCCGACAAGGGCGGUGCGGUUGCAGGUUGCUAAAGGCCUGGUGGACGCCAUCCGAAUGGACGCCAGCAUGCGGAAGGAAGGAGAAUUAGCGGAAGAAGAAAAAGAUGGGGGAGAAGCGAAUUUGAACUUUUUCAGGAAGCUACUUUCGGUUGUCUUGAUGUGGAACGACUCUGAGAUACGUGAGCAACUACAGGCGCUUGUUGCUGUCACUUCUGGUGAAAUGAAGUGGGUAAAGGACGCCAUCCUUCUGAGUGACAUGCGGGACCCUGAGCGACUUUUGGGCCUCAUCUUGUGGUCAUGUAGGGAGGCAGACUUCUGUACUCUGGAGCGUUGCGUUGAUGCCCUUGGAGAGGUGCGAACGACGCUGUCAAAAACUGAGAAGGAGCAACUGCGUGAGGCGGUGCGGCAGUCGUUGGAUGCCGUUCUGCGACUUGUCUCCGAUGAGGAGGGAGCGACGGCAGGAAAGGCGAAGGUGGGAUCGCAGGCCGACUCAGAGACAACACGCAGAGGGAGUGAUAACAACGAAGACGACGAUUCCUCGAGUGAUGGUGCCGAUGCCGACACGAUUGACGAGGAGGAUGAAGAGGAGGAGGAGGACGUGGUGAAUAAGGCCGGAGAGGUCCUGCAACGACUUUUGAUGUGGACUGAUCUUUUUAGAAAAGGCAGCCGUUUGCCUGAACUGUUGGAUUUCACUGGUAACGACUUAAAUUUGCCGACGCUUUUUCGCAUUGUGGCCACUGUUGCACCGAGACUACACGCCGAGCAGUACAUGUCCAUCAAAGCACUUCGUGUGGCUCUGCAGAAUGACAAGGAUCCCCUGUUGCGGGCGAUGGCAAGGAAGAAGCACUCUCUCGGUGUGAAGCAGUUUAACACCCUGGUGGAGAAAGUGGAAGGGCUGCUGGAAUCGUAUGAGGUGAGUGUGGAGCAGCUGGACACGGCAUCCCUUGAGUUGUUUGAUGAUGUUGGGCGGGUGCCGUCGUGUGGCCUCGCAGCCUGUGGACAACUCUCCCGAUUGGUGCCAUUUGCGUCCAGUAAUCUUCUGCAAGGGAUUGCUUGCAGCACGGAACUGUGGGCGGAGCAUCAGGUGCUCUUGCGGGAGAACAGCGUAUCCACUGCGGAUAUACCUUUUGCCAUGCUAGAUCGAUACUGCUCGCUUGAUGCUAUGGAUCUGUCGCUGUUGCGAUGUGUGCGGACGGCACAGCUUGUGCACUUGCUCGCCCUCUCUGUUCCCAUAAAAACGUGCGAUACCGUUGCCGUGAUUUUGCCGCUAAUUCGUGCAGCGCGUGUACAGGAAGCCUUGUCAGAACCGAUACGAAAGUUGCUCAUGAGGAAGUUACUUCCACGUGCGCUCUUACGACUUCAAUCGCGGGAUGAAAUUAUGGCAAUUUUGGCGGCGGACACGGAACCCCAUCUUCUUCUUUGCACGCUUGCGGCGGUUAUUCGCGACGCUGCGAUGUGCGUUGGUGAUGAAAUCUUGGAUAGUGCACGAUGCAUAGCCAGCGUUGCGACGGAGUGGAUUGUCAGCUCUCUUCUCCUAAAGGAGGGUACGGCGCCUCUACAUGAGAAGGCCAUCUCAGCGUACCGCGCCUUUUUUGCCUCACUUGAUGAAGCCGCCGAUGUUAUUGAUGACUCUAUUCUUUCAUCCAUUGCCAAAAAACAAACGUCUGCUGUGCAAGAGGCGAUGUGUAUGCUACCUACGCUGCAAAUACCCACCGCACUGUUGACCAUGACUAUACAUCGGCACCUCAGUAUUGCUCCGGUUGUCGUUGCUAGUACGGUGCAACAAGUUAUCACCUAUUCUCAGGGACUUCGCCCGCUUGACGGGUUGGAGUUCCUUGUAGAACUUUCUUCCAGCCGUAUCAUCGACACGGCAGCAUACAAUGAGCUUGUGCACACAAUGACUUAUUUUCUGGCCCGCUGCUGUAGGCUGCGCCACAUGCCGCCCAACGGCCGAUUGCUGUCUCAGGCACCAAACGAACCUUCCAUGAAUUUGAAAGAUCUCCGAUGUGUUGUCGUGGCCGCCGUGUCAGCCCGCCGCGGUGGGAUUUUACACGGGCGCCUUGAUGAUGUACUGCGAAGCUCCAUCAACCUCAUUCUCUUCGACGUCGUAACCGAGUGUGUUCUGUCGCUUCGCCAAACAAAGGAGGAGGACGUGCCCCUCGUGACUAAACUGAUAGCAUUUACGUCAAAAAGUCUUGCUGAUUUGGUCACAUCAGAUGUUGCCGUCUUGCGUUCCUCCGAGGUGACCGUGACAAAAGUAGCGAGUGUGAUGAACUUUGCUUACCAGUGGCUCUGUGCCACCCCUAUUGCGAAGUUAGAGUCUAUUGGGAUGGAUGCCGUCGCAAGCGCCAUUUCUGCGGUGUCGCUCUUGUCCGUUUUGACACUUAUGCGUUCUGGCGUGGUGUUGCUGCCCAUCAUGCGUCAAAUCACCUCAAAGCGCCUGCUGCGGAACCUCCGUCAUGAGUUUAGCACCGUAUCACCAGCAAAACUGAAGCUGUUUACGCGCCACACGAAAAUCAUUAUGAAGACAAACAAACAGAAGCUAGCACUGUUUCCACAUUUGCUCGCCUGGUGUGUCACGCUGAGUGGAACGACCAAAGAGGACUUUACGAAGGAGCGGCGCGAGGAAGUGUUCCAUUUGCUCGAUCUUAUUUGCUCACUGCUUCUUACCCCAGCCGUGCCUGGCAACAGGCGUCUUGAAGGCACGUAUCUCUGUAGCACGCCCAAGGCGGGUGGCGAACACCUUGGAUUUGAAACCGUUGCCUUAACGCGUCCAAACUCUGCGGAGCCGAUGAAGGAACUGGCAAAGGGCGCCGCUGCUGUUUUUGCUUUACUGCUGCAGAGCAGCAUGUUGUCUGUUGUCAAGAGCUGGUUGGAGACGAUUGAACGGAAACUGCAGGAUCUCUUUUACGCCGUUGUGGAGAGACACAUCUCGCCCCUUCUCAUACAAGAGAGUUUGCUCACUGUGCUUGGCCGGAGUCCAUCCGGGAAAUCAACAUUCGACGUGAAUGAAAAUUACAACAUAGCGGUAAGCAUACCCAAGAAACUCAUCACACUGAAGUACACCAUGGAAGAAGCAAGUGUCAUGGUAAAGAUUGAAAUUCCCUCCGCCUUUCCAUUGAAGCCACCUGCGGUUACCUUUGAAAGUGGUAAAGGCUGCGGAGUCUCAACAGAUAAGUGGCGCUCAUGGAUGCUAAAAAUGACGGUUCUGCUCUUUGGAGGUUCUGCCAAUGUGUGGGAGUGUGUGACACUUUUUGGUAGAAACAUGGACGCUCACUUCUCUGGUCAGGAACCGUGUCCCAUCUGUUUUGCGGUGGUGUCGGCUGUGGAUAAUCGCCUGCCCGAUAUGCGUUGUGCCGUGUGCCGAAACGCCGCUCUUCAUUCCUACUGCCUAUAUUCAUGGUGGGCAAACAGUGGCCAGACAGUAUGUCCGCUAUGCCGCUCGCCGUGGGUCUCGAGCUGA